UCCCCCUCCCCUGAUUGUCUGGUGGCAGCCACUUGGCAUGGGGUUCCUGACCACCAAGAGCUCCCUGUUGGCUUUCCACCUGGGCCUCAUAGCUGGCUUUAUCAGUACCUUCUACCUCGUCGGCAACCUAAGGUUGGAAGGGCCACCCCGUCCCGGCACUCAGUCACCACGUAGCGUCAGGGAUUCUGAGUGGUUUGUGGAGAAACUGGCUCUCUUUCGUGUGGCACACCCGCACCUGGCAGGUGAGGAGAGCAGCGUGUCUGAUGAUCUGUAUGAUAAAGUACGGAUCCUGUGCUGGGUGAUGACUGGCCCCCAAAACUUGGAGACAAAGGCCCGCCAUGUGAAGGCCACCUGGUCCCGCCACUGCAAUGUGGUCCUUUUCAUGAGCUCAGUCCAAGAUGAGAACUUUCCCACUAUAGGUCUGGGAACCAAGGAAGGCCGGGACCAGCUGUACUGGAAAACCAUCCGCGCUUUCCAGUACGUCCACAAGCACCAUUUUGAGCAGGCAGACUGGUUCCUCAAGGCGGACGACGACACCUUUGUGGUGGUGGACAAUCUGCGGUGGCUGCUUUCCAACUACACUCCUGACACACCCAUCUAUUUUGGCAAGCGCUUCCGUCCCUUUGCCAAGCAAGGCUACAUGAGCGGGGGCGCCGGCUACAUCCUCAGCAAAGAGGCCCUGCGGCGCUUUGUGGCUGGCUUUGACUCCAAGGUGUGCAGCCACACCACUUCGGUGGAGGACCUGGCUUUGGGCCAGUGCAUGGAGAAGAUGGGAGUGGUGGCUGGGGACUCCCGUGACACAGAGGGCAGAGAGACUUUCCAUCCUUUUGUGCCAGAGUCCCACCUGACUGAGAAGUUCUCCAAAAAUUUUUGGUACUGGAACUAUUGCUAUUACCCUAUUGUGGAGGGCCCUCAGUGCUGUUCUGACCUGGCCAUCUCCUUCCACUACGUGAGCUCGGAACUGAUGUACACCCUGGAAUAUCUGACCUACCACCUCCGUGCCUAUGGUUACCGGUACCGCUACCAUCCGCCUUUGCCUGAGAAUACAGCUCAUCUUCAGUCCCACCCACAAGGCGUGCCCCUGGAGAGAACUAAUACCACCACAUUGCAGACCGAGAUGAAAAUGUAG